AGAUUCCACAACAACGACUGCAAAGACUUUCUCGUCAUUCACGCUACCAACUUUGCUUAUCUCUUCAUCCUCUUCUUCUUCUUGUCUCUAUAUAAACCCCUUCCUCUCUUCUCUUUGACAACCCUUCUUAAGUUUGUUAGCAUUCAGCCAUUCAUUAGAAGCUUGCAUGGAUUCCUUUAACUGGUUCAAGGGAAUUGAGGAAAAAGAAGGUGGUGACAAUGGCUUGACUGAGUCAUCCAGUUCUCGGAGUUCGAAGACCGGAGACCGGAGCCUUCGGCAUAGGUUGGAGAACAACCAGGCUGUCAACUGUCCAAGGUGCAACUCCAAUUAUACAAAGUUUUGUUAUUAUAAUAACUACAGUCUCUCCCAACCAAGAUACUACUGCAAGACAUGCAGACGUUAUUGGACCAAAGGUGGUUCUUUGAGAAACAUUCCCAUUGGUGGUGGAUGUAGGAAGAAGAAGAGUUCAUUGAAUAAGAAUCAGCCUGUUGAACCUUUACUUCAAUCUCAACCAGUCAUGGAGUUCAAUCACUAUGUGAGUGAUUUUGAUCUUAUGGAAAACAAGUAUGUUCCAGUGAACUUCAUGAAUGACAGUGCUGAUCAUGAGAGGUCUCAAGAAGUAGCUGAGUUUUGGAAACAGAUGAUGAUGACUCAAGGGCAAGGCCAAAGCCAAGGAUCUUUUUAAGAUUUGAUCUUCUUUUCUAUAUGUU